CUGAGGCCACCACAGCUUUAUGAUGAAUGGGACACUGGUCACUGAGUUCCUCAUCCUGGGAUUCUCAGAAAUGUCUCAUCUUCAGGUACCACUUUUCCUCAGCUUCCUCUGUCUCUACAUGGCUGCAGUCUCAGGAAACCUGCUCAUUAUGGUGACAGUUGGUGCCAGCCCAGCCCUACAUACACCCAUGUACUUCUUCCUGGUAAACUUGGCCAUGGUGGACAUUCUCUGCACCUCCACCAUCCUACCCAAGCUAUUAGACAUCAUGGUCGGGGGGAGGACCAUCUCUUAUGGGGGUUGCAUGGCCCAACUCUACUUCUUCACAUGGUCACUGGGGGCAGAGCUUCUUCUCUUCUCAGCUAUGGCCUAUGACCGCUUUGUGGCCAUCUGUUGUCCCCUGCACUAUAGUGCCUGGAUGGGCCCCAGGGUGUGUGCAUUCCUGGCUGGCCUUGUCUGGGCCAUCAGCCUGACUAACACCAGCGUGCAUACAGGUCUGAUGCUGCAUCUGCCAUUCUGCAGCUCCAAUGUAAUAGAGCACUUCUUCUGUGAGAUUCCCCCACUGUUGAAGCUCUCCUGUGCUCCAACACAACUGAACGAAGCCAUGGCCUUUGCUGCGGAUGUGUUCCUGGCUGUUGGGAACUUCUCUGUGAUCAUGCUGUCCUAUGGCUUUAUUGUGGCCAGCAUCCUGAGGAUCCGCUCUGCUGAGGGCAAGAGACGUGCCUUUUCCACCUGCUCUGCACACCUCAUUGUGGUUUCCAUGUACUACUCCACUGUCAUCUACACCUAUAUCCGCCCAGCAUCCAGCUACUCCCUGAACAAGGACAAGGUGGUGUCUGUCAUCUACACCUUGGUGGCACCCACCUUGAACCCCCUCAUCUACACUCUAAGGAACAAGGAUGUCAAAGUUGCACUUAGGAGACUUCUGUUCUGCUGCUGA